AUGUCGCGACCUUCUGUGUCUUCAGUGACCAAAGAACAGCCAUCGCCUGCAGCUGAUCCCAAUCCGCGCUCUAUAUUCAGCGUCGCACGACGAAAAGUGACUACGAAGCACGGCUGGCUCGGUGACUACGACUAUCGAUGGCUCUGUCUGCCCUCUCUUCCCACAGAUAAACGCGGACAACCGCCAUUUUUUGGCAUCGACGACGAGCUUCCACUCGUUUUGGCUAUGGCAAGCGGGUUGCAGCAUGCACUUGCGAUGCUUGCGGGUCUCAUUGCGCCGCCCAUCAUCUUUGCCGCUUCCUUGAUGCUGGACCCUGAAACGUCAUCCUACAUGAUAUCAGCUUCGCUGAUUGGAAGCGGCAUUCUAAGUCUAGUUCAAAUGUCUCGCAUAAAGCUAUGGAAUAGGUAUUACCUUGGUACUGGGCUGUUGUCCGUAGUCGGGACAAGCUUUUCUACGCUCAGUACAACAAAUGCUAUUUUCAAUGCGAUGUAUGGCAAUGGCACAUGUCCUUCGACAACUAGUGCAGAUGGCACUAUUACGCGAGGUCCAUGCCCAGAUGCUUAUGGGAUGGUCCUUGGCACUUCCCUCGUCUGUUCACUUCUGGAAAUCGGGAUGUCAUUCAUCCCUCCGCGAAUGUUGAAACGGAUCUUCCCUCCCAUGGUCACUGGCACCGUUAUCCUCAUGAUUGGUGCAUCCCUCGUCGGGACUUCUGGCAUCCUUAACUGGGGUGGUGGCUCGAAUGGGUGUCAAGCACGACCGACUAGUGGGAUAUAUCAGCUAUGCCCAACAGUUGGUUCUCCCCAUGCUUUACCGUGGGGCUCUCCCCAGUUUAUAGGUCUCGGGUUCCUAUCUUUUGUGAGCAUAAUCCUCACGGAGCUAUUCGGCUCUCCCUUCCUCAAGAAUGCGAGUAUUAUUGUUGGGCUUGCUGUGGGAUGUAUCGUCGCUGGUGCAGCGGGGUACAUCGACGGAAGCACCAUCACGACUGCACCUGCAAUUACAUUUUUAUGGGUAUAUCGAUUCAAGAUCAAUGUGUACCCACCAGCCAUUUUGCCUAUGCUGGCAGUAUACGUUUCGGUGACGAUGGAAGCCAUUGGCGACAUAACUGCGUCUGCGGAAGUGUCUCGUAUCCGUCUCGAGGGAGAUGACUUCGAUUCAAGAAUACAAGGCGGCCUUCUGAGCGAUGGAAUAGGUGGAUUCAUCUCCGCCUUAUUUACUGUCACCCCUCUGUCGAUAUUUGCUCAGAAUAACGGUGUGAUUUCUGUCACUCGCUGUGCAAACCGCGCGGCUGGCAGAUGGUGCUGUACUUUCCUCAUUCUCUUCGGCGUGCUCGGCAAGAUUUCCGGGAUCUUCCUCGCAAUACCCAAUCCCGUCUUGGGUGGUGUGACAACCUUCCUCUUCGCGAGCGUCGCUGUCUCAGGUCUCCGUGUUCUUUCCUUCGUCAAGUACACGCGGCGCGACAGAUUCAUCCUCGCCGCAGCGUUGUCGUUCGGCAUUGGGGACCUUCUCGUGCCUGAUAUUUUCACCUACCUGUUUAAUGGAGUGAGCAACCCAGACAGUGGCCUCCAGGGAUUGUUUGUGAGCAUUAAUAUCGUGCUGAGCACACCCUUUUUGAUAUCUGGCUUUGUUGCCUUGGUGCUGAACUUGUUGCUCCCUGAGGAUGGGUCACAGCAGGAGGAAGAUGAGGAAGGCUCGGAGGUCAUGCAGGAUUUGGAGAUUCAAACGCUAGACCAGGAGCGGAAGCCGUGA